ACUGUGACUGCUCAGAAUAUCAUGGGAUCGAUGGUCUGGUAGUUUUAUUUUCUCUUCUAUUGACAUUAGUCCCGAAUAAUUAUAUUUAUAUAUUUAAAAUCUUAAUAGUAUUUUAAAAAUGGGACUUCUAGCACAAACUCAAUAUGUUGUAUAUACAACAUUUCUAGGAAUAAUCACUAUAAUUGCUUUAUAUUAUUGCUUAUCUGGUAAAGGUGAACGUUUUGACUUUGGAUGGUUAUUAACUGGGCUUUCCCCAUUUAUGUGGGCAGCGACAGGUAUAGGUUUAGCCAUUGCUUUGUCUGUAGUUGGAGCUGCAUUGGGAAUCUACACGACUGGUGUGAGUAUUGUUGGUGGUGGAGUAAAAGCCCCUCGUAUACGAACCAAAAAUCUUGUUAGCAUCAUUUUCUGUGAGGCUGUUGCUAUCUAUGGAAUAAUAAUGGCAAUUGUGUUAGUUAAUCAACUGAAAUAUUUUAACAUUGAAACAAUUGAGGCGGAUCAAAAAUUGAAGGCCUUGAAUUUCAUGUCAGGUUAUGUUAUGUUUGGUGCUGGUAUAACGGUAGGAUUGUGCAACUUUUUCUGUGGAUUGGCUGUAGGCAUUGUUGGAUCAGGUGCUGCUUUAGCUGAUGCUGCGAACCCUGCUCUGUUUGUGAAAAUAUUAAUAGUGGAGAUUUUUGCUAGUGCCAUAGGUCUUUUUGGUCUUAUUGUUGCUAUUAUCAUGAACUCAAAAGUGAAGAUGGGUGACAAAGAAGGAUAAAUCUUAUUUACAUAAACUAUUAUCAUUUAAUCAAGUACAUCAAGUCUAAUCCAGUUAUUGGUGUUAGAAGUUUGUUAGAGAUAUUUGUGAUUUGUGUGUGAUUUAACUCAUGAUGUUGAUAAGACACAUUCCUAUAUUCAUUAUCAUCUGUACAGGAUUUUGCAUUAUUUAAACAUUUGUAUAUCAUUUUAAAAAUUAUCUUAGUUGAUGUCCUGUGUUACUUCAUUCUGAAGUAUAUUUGAAUAAGAGCUUUUUAUAUAAAUUACUCAUUUGAUGAUUAGAAAGUUUACUACCAUAAUUGUUUAAAUGAUAGAGUUUAGGGGUUAACUAUGUUUCCUUGUUAUUAAAAGAAAAAUAAAAUUACUUUAUUCUUUA